CAUUAUAUUUCUAUUUCUAAUCUCCCAAACUAAAUACAAAUUUUUAUCAUCUAGUUGUGAGUCUUUUGAUUUGGCUGUCGAUAAUCGAUUUCGAAACAAUUCCUUCUUCAUUAUUUGCGAUUGUGUCGACUUCUUGCCGAGAUUAUAGAGUUUCGUUCGCGCCAAAUUCCUUCGAUUUUCUCGGGUUUUCCUUCUUCCGUUACGAUAUUUGUCCCCAUUCCAUUUUAAAAUCGUUCCAAACAAGUCAAAUUAAUUUUGAAAUUCAAUUCCCAUCAAAAUCUGGGAUUCCAAACGCACUGUAAAAACUCAUUCAGUAACUUCAAUUUUGUUGAUCUCGAAUUCACACAACUUUAGGCGACACAACACUACUUGAAGCAGGGAACCAGACCUUCAGCUUACAUGGUGGAUUGGAAGGAAUGUGUGACACUUCUUCUAUGGCUAGGGGUAGCACCGGUGAUGGAGUAAGUAACUUAGUCUGAUGGAGAAGUUCAUCACUUUGGGGACUGGAUUUUUUAUGGUUAAUGGGUGAUUCCCUUAGCAUGAAGAGAAGUCCAGAUGGCAAAGCGGAUACAUUGCAGAAUUCAAACCUUUUUAAUGAAGAUGAGUUUGCUAAUGAUGAAGAAGAUUUGAAAAGUAUUGUUCGGAGGUUUUAUCAAGGCCUGGGUUUCAAUUUGCUCGAAGAUGCAGAUGGGUUUACUACUUUGGAAGAAGCUUGGAAAAUUAUUGCUCAGAGGUACCGUUUGCUUGAAAAUGCAGAUGAGUUUACUACUUUGGAAGAAGCUUGGAAAAUUGUUGCUCAGAGGUUUGAAAAUGCAGACACGAGGAAGAAAGGAGAAGGUUCCAAACAAUGUAGGUGGACAAAAAAGAUGGAGAGGAUGAAAUUCUUGCGGAUGAGGUGAAAAGCGGGAAUAGACCAAAUAGCACAUUUAAAAUUUGGAGUUGAAUGCUCAUCCAAUCAUGUUGAACUCCAUCUUAAAACCGUAAGAAAUGUAUGGUUGUCAAUAGAGCAACUUCGCGGAAAACCAGGUUUUGGAUGGGAUGAGAAUAUUAGCUAGUCCAAACGUUUAUGAUGAACAUAUUAAGGUAUUUUUUUUCCAUCA